AUGGCAAAGGCAAAAAAUGGUGGCGGCGGGGUGCAAAACAAGGCCAUCUAUUCUCGACUAUCAUUUCUUCAGCAAGCAGCCGUUUUCCUCUCGACAGCAACUCUGGACGGUGAUGGUUCCAAUAUCUCAGAGCUCAACCAGGAUCAAAACCCACCACUUCAAGGUGCUGGAAGACGUCUAGCCACUGACUUGCGCGCUGUGUCCCUGAAGAGCCGGAUUCGAUUGAACCCAGCAGUAAAGCAGAGCAUCUGCAAGUUCUGUGACUCGGUCCUCAUUGACGGGGAGUCUUGCACUUCGGGAAUCGAGAACAAGAGUAAGGGAGGUAGGAAGCCAUGGGCCGAUAUUUUGGUUCGCAAGUGCCAUGCUUGCGGCAGGGAGAGAAGGUAUCCAGUGUGCACCAAGAGGACAAAGAGAAAGACAGAGAGGCCGGUUGCGACCCCCGAUGAACCAGACAUGAUGGACCAAACUGGAUGA